CGACGACUGGCUAGACCCACUCAUACCAUGACUCUGCGCUCUGCUCCUCGGCAACGUGUUCCUAUACCGCAAGAGCUCUCCGUUCGACUGACAGAGGAUGAGGAUAAACUCUGCACGCUCCUUGAUGACUGCACAAAAUAUUUGCGAGAUGAGAAGGGCAUCAAUACUUCCUGUCGCAUUGCCGGCGGCUGGGUUAGAGACAAGCUCUUGGGGUCACAAAGCAAUGACAUCGACGUGGCUCUGAGCGAUGUCCUAGGCCUCACCUUCGCCGAGCACCUCUCCGAGUUUGCAAAGUCAAGAGGCGUGCCAGUGGGGACCAUCGGUGAGAUCAAGGCAAAUCCUAAUCAGUCGAAGCAUCUGGCGACCGCGACUUGCAAAAUUCAUGGCUAUGCAAUUGACUUGGUCAACCUGCGGAGCGAGCAGUAUGCGACCGACAGUCGGAUACCUACGGGAAUGGCUUUUGGAACCCCACUGCAAGACGCAUUACGUCGCGAUAUCACCAUCAAUGCGCUGUUCUAUAAUAUUCACGACCGCGCCGUUGAGGAUCACACCGGAAAGGGCUUGGACGACCUGCGCAGCGGCAUAGUACGGACACCUCUUCCUCCUAGAGAAACCUUCCUUGAUGACCCUCUCCGCGUCUUGCGCUGCCUCCGUUUUGCCACCCGUUUCGGCUUCGACAUCGUGCCGGAGCUAUCCGACGCUGCGAAAGACACCGUCGUACAAGAGGCUUUGAUCUCGAAAAUCUCUCGCGAACGUGUAGGCGAGGAGCUCACCAAGAUGAUGAAAGGCCCCGACCCCGUCCACGCCAUCGAACUCAUCCACGAUUACGGCUUGUACCCAGCCAUCUUCAACGCCGUCGUCCCUCCCGCGACCCUUCCAAAAUGGUCUGGCACCCUCGGUCCCUCCUCCCGCGCCGUAUCCAGCGCACUCAUAUUGCGCGGCCUGUUCGCCAAGUCCUCCUCCCUCCCCUCCGUCAACCCGAGCAUUACAGACUUCGUAUCCACCGAUCCCACUGCCCGCGCCCGCCUAUACCUCGCCUGCGCCCUCGCACCCUACCUCGGCCUGACAUACCAAGCAAAAAAGAAGGAGGCCCCCGCGGUGGAUUGCGUGAUCCGGGAAUGCCUCAAGUUGGGCGUGCAGAACCAUUUCUUGGACGGGAUUCCGUUGCUAUUUUCGUCGGCGGAGUUGUUGAGCACGGCACUGAAGGAGAACGAGCGGUUGACGCGGGUGCCGGAUAGGCUGGCUAUAGGCCAACUGCUUCGCCAUCCGUCCGUGCACGAUCGUCGGUUCGGCAUAACGUGGCAGGAAUCGCUAUUGUUCUCGCUCGUUAUCGAGCUCACCAAUCACUACGACGUGGAGACGGACGACUUCGAUGCAGACAAAGCCGCGUCGACCAUCGCCCUGUACAACGAGUUCGCCCGCCUGGUCCACGAGCUCGAUCUAGCCGGUGCAGGCGAUAUGCGCCCCGUCCUUGAUGGCCGCGAAGUCGUCUCCGUCCUCGGCGCGGCGCGCCCCGGGCCCUGGACGGGCAAGGUCCUCGCUCGCGUCGUCGACUGGCAGCUCGAGCACCCGGGCGGGACGAAGGACGCGUGCGUCGCGUGGCUCAAGGAGGAGCACGCGGCGGGUCGGCUCGAGGUCGCCACUGUGACGGAGCCGCCUGCGAAGAAGGCGCGGACGAGUCAGUGAAGGUCAUAGAGGGCGGGUGGGGAGUCAAAAAGGGCGGGGAGUCCUAGUCAUUAAGAGCGGGG